AUGUCUACUCCAGGAGAUUACGACGCAGUACGAACGGAUAUUAAGGCGAUCAUUCCAAACCCUGACUGGGAUGAUAAGUCUCUUGGACCACUUUUCGUACGUUUAGCCUGGCAUGCCUCCGGAACUUUUGACAAGUAUUCAUGCACUGGUGGCUCCGCUGGUGCCACCAUGAGAUUUUCCAUCGAAGCGAAUGAUCCCGCAAAUGCUGGUUUAGAACAUGCGCGCGCUUUCUUGGAACCUAUAAAGCAAAAGCACCCUUGGAUUUCUUAUGCCGAUCUUUGGACUCUUGCUGGUGUGGUUUCCGUUGAAUUUAUGAAUGGCCCAGUAGUUCCGUGGAAGCCUGGCCGUAAGGAUGUAAAUGAUGAUAAAAAAGUGCCUCCAAAUGGUCGUCUUCCCGAUGCAUCUCAAGGAGAAAAACAUAUACGUCACGUAUUUAGUCGCAUGGGGUUCAAUGAUCGUCAAACUGUAGCUUUAAUUGGAGCCCAUAGUCUCGGUCGUUGUCAUAAAGAUCGUUCGGGUUACGAAGGACCUUGGACUCAUACGCCUACUCGCUUCACUAACCAAUUUUUUAUACGCUUAUUGAAAGAAAAUUGGACCGAGAAUAUUGUGAACAAUCAACUUCAAUACAAUAAUGAGGGUGGCCGUUUAAUGAUGCUUCCCGCUGACUUGGCCUUACGUGACGAUGAGAAAUUCAGAGAGAUAGUUGAAAUUUAUGCAAAGAACAAAGAUGAAUUCUUUAAUGAUUUCGCAGAGGCCUUCGGGAAAUUAUUGGAGCUUGGUGUUGAUCGUUCGAAUGAUUGCUACCAAGAAAAUAAAGAUAAAAAACGAGAGAGUCCACGUGCUUCACUACAAAAUCGACUUAAACCAAAUCAAGACUAUCAAAAUUCGAUUAUUCUUAAAAAUUGA